AUGACUGUGGGCAUAAUAUUUCUUGCCAUUUUCUUAGCGACAUUGAAGAUAUCAUUUGGUCGAGAGAGUGCGAGCGACUUGGGAGAAGCAACGUGGGAAGUCCACGAUGGAAAUUUUGCCCGAGAGAAGAGUCAUCUUAAUAGGAGAUUUCCAGCAGAGAAAAGAUACACACAACUGAGAGAGUGCUUCAAGCAAGGAUUACACCAAAAUCCUAUUAAGCUUUUGAAAUUAAGUGACAUAUUGCCAUUGAAAUCACAGCAACGUCUUCUGUACAAGGAAUUCUUAAGAAAUGCCACACGAAACGUGGAGUUGUUCAAUCAAUCCAUCAAACUUGAGCGGCUUUAUCACAAAGCUUUACAAGGAAAAGACAUCAACAUAGCCAUCGUUGGAGGUUCAAAUGCUGCAGGAGGGAAUCUUGAGCAAGAUGAAAAAAAUAUAAAAGGAAUUUUUUAUAACUUGUUUGCUACAUGGUGGAACGCUACAAUUGGGAAGUGGACAGGGUCUCAUGCGAUAAUACACAACGUAGCAAUAAGCAGUUUGGGAAGUUAUUUAUUUGCAUUUUGCUAUGAAACAUUUUUACCCGUGGGAGUGGAUGUUGAUUUGUUUGUAGUGGAACAAUCAGUAAAUUUUCAAGCAGCCUACAAGUCUGCCCCACUGGAGACACUAAUCAGGCAGAUCCUUACGCACAUGCCACGCUCAAAUACUGUCUUUGUCAAUUUUGUGUCCGGCUUAGGAAAAGACCCGAAAACCGAGGAAUGUCUAAACCCAGAUUGUACGAAUCUUGAAGAUUAUGGACAGCUCGACGUUGCACAUAGGUAUAGAAUUGUAGCUUUCUGCGUAAAAGAUUUGUUGUGUAAAAGGACAAAUGGCGGAGGUUAUAAAGUUCGCGAGAAAAUCACAGAGGUUAGUGGAGUGAUUGCCUCAGACCUGUAUCACCCGGGAGCAUUGACGCAUGCGCAGGUUGGACUCUUAAUGAUCAAUUACUUUUCAGAUGUUUUUAUUAACUUAACGGAAAACAAGCUUGGAUAUAAGGGUGAUUUUGAUCAUGAAGUGCGUUCCUCUUUGCUACCCGCUCCUAUUUACAAAGUAAGUGAUAGGGAGACGUUGAUCAAUCCACAAUGUUGGAUAACGCUGACACCUAACGCUUGCAAUAAGCAUGCCCAACAUCCAAACCUGGACAUGCGCAUUGAAGAAAACAAAGGCUUUCGUUUCUACGAUUCGUUCGUUCAAAAACCACCGCCUCAGUGCAACGGCAUGUUGAGAAAAGAUCUUCAGCGAGGAUGGGGAAGCAAAUACAAAAACAACUUCAUGAAAUUCCAUAUUUUCGUUGAACCAUGGAAUGCAGAAUCUGUAUCGGGUCAUGUUACUAGUAGAUCUGUGAUCAUUGUUUUGCGAGCAGCUCAGCGCAUUGGCGGUCAGGCCCUUAUUUGGUUGGAUAACGAUAAAGAAAAGGCGAUAAAAGUAGAUAACAUAGUCGAAUUUGGUAAUCAUCUUUUCACAGUUGCACGUCGCGUUCGUCCAGGAAGUCACACCGUUAGCAUACUUACGAUCAGUGAUGGGUUCUUUAUUAUAAGCGGAUUACUUGUCGGCCCACCUGAAUUUAUUAAAAAUGGAGCGAUAUAAUAAACAUGAAUAUCAUAAGUUAUGCUUUUUAAAUUGUUUUGCAAGUAUUUUAGUUUUAUCAAUAUUCAUGGUCAGACGAUUAUUCUGGAUAGCUUUUGCGCGGCCAUCAAAAUUAUACCGGAUAGGGUCUCUGUUCACACACAAGAACGGUUGUGGCGGCGCGAUCUCUGUGGCGAAGCGAAGUUGCGUCGCGCCGAUCUCAAAAGUGGAGCGUCACAUAUCGGACAUUUUUUGUGCCUCACUUUGGAGCAGGACUUGCGCCGUCCCGGGUCGUUUCUAGAUACCUUUUCGUGGCGCACGAAAAAAUGUCUUGGAACCCCUAGCUCACUCGUACCUAGGCGCUUCUUGGGAUCUUCUAGGCUAAUCGCGGCGCGAGAACAUGUGUAAAGCUUCAAAAACGAUAAGGCACAAGGGACCCUUGGGCUGCCGUCUACCGCAGAAAUUCUCGAGAAGCUCCUGGGUACGAGUGUACGUGACGGGAACGCCAAAGGCUCAGUCUGCAAGUAGACUAUGACAAAUGCAACUGACGAAGGAAGCCAUUUAAGUUUCGGAAACCAGACUGGUCUUGCUAAUAAAAAGAUCAGUUCUUGACAUAAAUCUGUGGCCAACCACUGAAGAUGAAAAACUUAAAGUGGUCGCCAUGCUUGUAAAACUCUACUCGCGUGAUAAAUACUGGAAGGAAAAGUCCCUUAAAGAUGUUUACUGGAAAAAUCCUUUGCUUUACUAACAUGACAACAUAUAGGAAUAAAAGUCGAUUGAAGAUGUUACGUUUUAUUUUUUAUUAACGUUGUUAUUUUGAAGGUACGGACGUGCGUAAGAGGGUAUAGAAGUUCGGGCUUCGGCUACUUCAAGACGCGGUUCCGGAAGAGAAUCCCUUCCUUCUCAAGGACCAAUUUAGGUUUCUGAGGAACUGCCCACCUACCCCUUCCCUAAGCCAAAAUUUUGCUUAAAGUGAGAAGUAAGUGUUAACGUUAGCUCAGGGGAGGGGUAGGUAGGCAGUUUCCCAGAAACCUAAAUCAGUUGAUCCCUUCUCAAUUUAGAAGCCAAAAGGAAGUUCAGCUCCAGGGUGUUUAUUGGCAGGAUUCUUUUUAUGAGAUCUGAAUAAAAUACAACAGCCAAGAGACAUGACCAAUAAAUACACGCUUUAUUGAAUAUCUUAAUUAAGCAAGAACAGAGUUCCUAUAAAAUAGAGCCAUGAAGCUCAUUAUUUUUUACAAUGAAUAGUCUCUAAAUUCAAUUAGAAUCCAGAGAGAAUUGUAAAUGUACACCACGAAAGAUGCUUCAUAACUUAAAUUGCUUUCAAUUUGCUGUACAAGCUAUUUUGUGUCUAUCCUCUCUCCAACAUCGCCGAUUCUAUACACAACAUUUCUAUAUACAAGGUAAACUAACAACGUCAAGUUUCAGCUACUGCGAGUUCUAUGGUAAACUUGUAAGGUUUAAUCCGCUUCCAAGCCCUUUUUCAUCCACAUCCAAACGAGACCCAAAGAAAAAAAAACAACUUGGAACAAACAGGACGCCAGUUUGGGCAGGUCAUCUGGGAUCAAAUUAAUUAAAUUUUCUGUAUAAAAUAUUUCGGCGACUUGUUUCUUCAUAAAUUAACUAUUCAUAAUCCUGUCGGCAUUUCAAACAGUACAGCAGUCUUGUUGAACCAAAACAAACUUUGUCCUCACUCAACACUUCUUAAAAUAUCUACAUAAACUAACACCAUCAUUCUUACAAUAAGGAAACAUCUUUUUCCCCGCAACAACUGUUCACGAAGUGGCUUUUUGGAACCACUUCUUAUCGCAGGAAGAAUUUGAAAAAUAGCUCCCUUGCGUAAUUACUCCAUACUAAAACUGAACUUGCCGUCCAAACCAUUCGCCACUUUAAAAACCAGACGGAAACUGGGGCGAGUUUACUUUCGCAAAGAUUUUUGGCACUGUUCCUAGGGGAAAUAAUUAGCCAAUAGCUGACCGGCGCUUUCCCAGAAACAAAUGCGAGGCGCAAUUCGGCUCCAGUUCCCUCCUUGUUUCUAUAGUGGCAAAUGCAGAAUGAAAGGAAGUGGUCCCGAGCAAACGUUUAAAUUAUUCAAAAACGAUUUCAUUUGAACUAUUUACAAAACUUUUCUUCUGUUGCACUGCAACAAUCAUUUCUACUUGUUUACAAUUGAAUAUCCAAAGCAAAAAAUAAAAUGAACUGUUUUUUUUUUAAUUUCCUAGCUUCUCCUUGAAACCUUAUGCUCAGCUCUGUUACAUGGUGAAUUAGGGAUAUCUUUUAAAGUAAUUGCCCUUGUCAACACGCCAUGUUUACAGUUGGUAAAACUGAUAGGAGAAAUCAGAUUUAAAUGCCCUGAAGGAGCUUGCAGUUGUGCUUUGGUUGAAAAUACCCACUCAUUCCCAGAAAUACUUCUUUCCAGUUUCAACUCUAUUUAA